GUAGCCUUGAGUCAAGGCAGUUUGGGUUCGAAUUUCAGCUUCAUUACGUUUUAACUGCAUGACCCUGGGCGAGUUGCUUGGUCUUACUAAGCCUCAGUCUUCUCACCUGUAACAUGGGAGCAAUAAUACUCCACUCAUGGGGUUGUUGGGAGGACCAAUGAGGUGUACCUGGCACCGAGCAAUUGCUCACCACCUGGAAGCAAUUGUAAUUAGUCUUCAGUGAUGAGUCUCUGGGUGCUGGCUGUGCACCUGCCUCUCAUUCUUCAGCACAUUGGUUUUCAGGACACAGCCCAUCCUGGCUGAGCUUGUUUUAUUAAGGGUGACAUUAGAGGUGCUGAAAGUUUGCCACCAGUAAAUACAUCCUGAACGCCGACCAUGUGUUUGACAUAGCCUAGGAGCUAGUGACUCACGACUUAUGCCUGACGGAGGGAGGUUUGGAGUGGGGGAUGAUGGCUUGGUCUCAUCAGGUAAUAUAUGGAGGAGGAGACUGGCAGUGGGGCGAGGAAGGAUCCCACACUACCAGGAACUGAGAUGAAUUCAAUCAACCCUAGAGGGUGGCAGACAACUGACAGUCUCUUCUGAGCCCAGAAAAAGGUAGCCCUGGCCAGUCUGGAUCCCUCUCACUCUGGGGCCAAAGGGACUGAUGGAGCUUCUGUUCGUCUCUUUUCCAGGUGGCAGUGACAUGGCGGUGCCCCAGGCCUAUCCAUUGGGGCCCCUCCAUGAACCCGCAAGUGCCCUCAUGGAGCCCCAGCCUUGCCCUCAGAGCUUGGCUGAAGGCUUCCUGGAGGAGGAGCUCCGGCUCAACGCCGAACUGAGCCAGCUGCAGUUCUCCGAGCCCGUGGGCCUCAUCUACAAUCCGGUGGAGUAUGCAUGGGAGCCACACCGCAGCUAUGUGACCCACUACUGCCAGGGCCCCAAGGAAGUACUGUUCCUGGGCAUGAACCCAGGACCCUUCGGCAUGGCCCAGACUGGGGUGCCCUUUGGGGAAGUGAGCGUGGUCCGGGACUGGUUGGGCGUUGUGGGGCCCGUGUUGACCCCUCCCCAAGAGCACCCUAAGCGCCCCGUGCUGGGACUGGAAUGCCCUCACUCAGAGGUGAGCGGGGCCCGGUUCUGGGGUCUUUUCCGGAAACUGUGUGGACAGCCUGAGAUCUUCUUCCGGCACUGUUUUGUCCAUAAUCUGUGUCCUCUGCUCUUCUUGACUCCCAGUGGGCGCAACGUCACUCCCGCCGAGCUACCUGCUGAGCAGCGGGAACAGCUCCUUGGGGCCUGUGACGAGGCCCUCCGCAGGCAGGUGCGGCUGCUGGGGGCACAGCUGGUGGUGGGAGUGGGGCGGCUGGCGGAGCAGCGGGCACGGCGGGCUCUGGCGGACCUGAUGCCUGUGGUCCGGGUGGAGGGGCUCCUGCACCCCUCACCUCGCAGCCCUCAAGCCAACAGGGGCUGGGAGGCAGUGGCCAAGGAAAGACUGAACGAACUGGGGCUGCUGCCGCUGCUAACGAAAUAAGUGCCCCGGGGGCCCGGCACGGGACAUGUUCAGGGUCCCCAAGUCAUUCUGGGCAUGCAGAGGAUGGUGUGCCUCCUGGACUGGACCAACAGAGUCCCCCUGGGCUCCCUCCCUGGUUGCUGGGACCCGGCGUGGCAGUUUUGACACUACUCUGGCUUGCUGCUUCCUUCACCUUCCUUCCAGCACUGCCUCUGCUCAUGUGGUCACCCGCUCCACAGGGACCCGGCGUCUGCAGCCUGCUCUGCCUCACUGUUGCCUCGGGAGCCUCUGCUCGGCUGAGAGUGGCCUGAACAGUGACUUCUGAGGUCGUGUUUGCUGUGUUAGAGAAAAGAUCCAGCCAGGAUCCCCAGCCCUCCUCAUAGAACAGCUUCCUUCAAGCUGAGCCUUUUCCUCACAGGGACCAGCACAGAGCGAGGGGCACGGACGUUAAGAGUAGACUUCGGCGGGAGACUUGAGGCUGGAUCAGAGAAAGAGUUCAGUGUGGCAGAGUAGGGAAGACCAGAGGCCCUGGAGUUUCAUCUCGGCUUGGAGACUUCAUGGCUUUGGACAAAUCGAUGCACCUCCCCAAGCCUCCGGAUCCAUAUCUGUAAAGCGAGGAUCCCUACCUCAUGGGGCUGGUGUGGGGAUUACGCGAGAACACUCGCAGGUGCCUUGCGUAGUGCUGGGAGGUGGGUGUCUGUCAGUCUUCUUGCCUUCUGCCUCUUGGUGGGGGCAUCACUACAUCACACUACAGGGGGGCUCCCCGACUCCGAAGACCUGGGUGGGGGGAUGAUUGCCCUGCCGGAGGUGGACCGAUCACUUUAUGAAACCCCCAGCCUGUGAUUUUUUUAGUCUAAGCAUUAAAAGCUCCUGAACUCUUU